UAUUUUCUAAUAUAAAGCAGAAGCCCACAAACUCUUUCAAUAAUUUUCAUAACAAACAUCAAAUGGCUUCUAGUAUCACUUCAUCACCCUUGUUCUUAGUUCAUCCUCCCAUCAAGAAACCAUCAACAUCUUCAUCUACAUCAAAAAGGGUAUUAAUGCUUGCAAAACAAGAAUCCCAAAACACUUCUUCAUCUCUCAUUCGGGUCGGAUCAUCCAUCAAGAUACAAAAGGUUUUUGAAGACAAAUCUAGUGGCAUAGUUUGUUAUUUGGAUGAUCAAGGGGAGAUCACAUGUGAAGGAUACGAUGAAGGGCCUCGCCUUCAUCAAGAUGUAUCAAGAUUUUCUUGUCAAAGAGGAAAACAAGAUGUCGUUCAUGUUCUUGAAAGGAGUCUGCUUCAAGUUACAGAUGGUGGUAAAGUCAACUAACCAUGUUCUAAUUUGUUUAUUAUGUAUAGAUGGAGAGAGAAACCAUCUUAGCCGUUAAAAUAACUGAUCUGACAUGAAACAACCUUGUAAAUAGUUAUGAAGACAAAACACACCCAAAGGAAUUCAUAUCUAUAUAUGUAUGUGUGUAUGAAUAAGUGUUUGCCAUUUUGUAUUGAAUAAUGAAACAGAAAUUACACCGUGUGUAGUGGAAGACACAAAUAAUGACCUCAA